AAGUUAUUCAUUCACAAAACCUCCCCAACAAAAAAAAAAAAAAAAAAUUACUUGCCUUCUGCUACUACUUGUAGGGUUCAUAAUUUUGGAAGGUCAGUUUGGAAGGUGAUCAAGGAUGACAAAGGUGUACCCGAACACUGCAAAUGCCAACACUGUCCGCGCCUGCGAGCCUCAGAGGCUCAAGAGCUCCAGCUCCGACGACGAAAACACGACGGUCCUGACGGUGUGGAAGAAGUCCUUGCUGUUGAGCUGCAAUGGGUUCACGGUGUUCGACUCCAAGGGCAAUUUGGUCUUUAGGGUUGAUAACUACUUGGCCGGCCAUAAGGGCGAGAUCGUCCUCAUGGACGCCUCCGGCAAACCUCUCCUCACCAUCCGUCGCAAGCGGCUGAGCUUGGUGGACAACUGGGUGGUGUACGACGGAGAAACCGAGGUGAAUCCGCGGUUCUGCGCGACGAAGCACGUGAACAUCCUCAAGAACAAGUGCUUGGCGCACAUGACCUCAGCCAACAGCUGCAAAGGUAGUGGCUCGUCGAAAAACUACGACAACAAGAACGCUGUGUUUUAUCAGAUGGAAGGGUCGUACGCGACGCGGUGCUGCGCGGUGUACGACAGCAAAAGGAGGAGGGUGGCCGAGAUCAAGAUGAAGGAGGCAGUGGGCGGAGUGGCGUUGGGAGUCGACGUCUUCCGCCUCAUCGUGCAGCCCGAUAUGGACACGGCGGUGGCCAUGUCCCUCGUCAUCUUGCUUGACCAGAUGUACGGGACGUCGAGGCGGUAAAAAGUUCAAAUUCCUUUUACUUCGUCACCCACCUUUUUCCCCUUGGUGGAUUCACAUCUCCUCCUCCUCUAUAAAUUCUAUGUUCCAAAUCUCUCUUUUUUGGUUUGAUCUCGUCGAUCUCUUGUUGUCUCUCCGAUAAUCCCACUUGCGUUUAUCUUUUUUCUUUUUCUUUCCUUUUUUUCUUCUUCUUUUAAAUCGGAAAAAAUCAAUGAAGCUUGGUUUUUUCCUUUUAUACAAAAAACCAAGCUUCUUUAAGUGGGAUGUAUAUAUGACUUGGAAAAAACAAAGUUUAUCGUACGUAGGUUUAUGUUUUUAGUUUUUAAGAAUUUCAGCAGAAACAUAUGUAAUGUGUGAAAAGUUGAUACGGUGAAGAUAUUUUUGCAGUAAUUAUCUUGUUGCUGUUUUGGAAGUUGAUUCUGCUA